AUGUCCUUCGAACCCGUCAUGCCCCCCUACAACUCCUCCGACCCCUCCGCCAACUUCCUCAGCUCCUCGUGCCUCGACUUCCUCCUCAUCGAGCUCGUACCCCUCGCCUACCGCGUCACCCACGACCGCGAUGCCGCCGUGCUCGAACCUGCAAGUGCCCCGACAGAUGUUGCAUCCACCAGCCAUGCUGUGAGCUCCAACGCCGCCGGAGUUGUCUCCGCUCCGGGCACUAGAAAGAUGGACGAGGAGGAGGAUCUGGAUGCCGUACAUUACCGUCUGGAGAUGCUGGGUUACCGAGUCGGACAGGGGCUUGUUGAAAGGUUCUCGAGAGACCGGCCGCGGUUCAACGACACGCUCGAUGUCAUCAAGUUCCUCUGCAAGGACCUAUGGUCCCUCGUGUUUGGCAAGAACAUUGACAAUCUCAAGACAAAUCAUAGAGGCGUCUACGUUUUGACAGAUAACGCCUUCCGGCCCUUCUCGCGCAUGAGUACCGAGGCGGGCGGACAGGCAAUAGUCCGCGCACAACCGUUCCUCUGGUUUCCGUGCGGUAUCGUCCGAGGAGCUCUAGCAGCUUUAGGCAUCAAAACAACCGUCCAAGCUGAGAUAAAUGAAUUGCCAGGAGCCGUGUUUCAAAUUAAGACUAUCCCUAAUAAGCCCUAG